AAAAACAGACCGGAAGUACUUUGAACCGGAAGUGUGGUUGUCUGGUUGUGAUCUCGGGCCGGCGGCGGGAUAGUUGUUCCGUAAAAGCUGACGAACAGAUUAGAUCCGUUUCGAGGCGGAAGAGCUGCAGAUCACACGCAUUCAGGCUGCAGCUGUGUGACCUUUGAUAGUUUCCAUGGAAACCAGAGCAUCCCUCAGAGAAGAGCUGCAGGUGUUUCCAGGCUAACAUGGACCAUGUUAUCAGCACUACGUGGAUGGGAGUCAAACCGGAGGAGACAGCAGGACCUGAACAUCUCUGUGUGACUCCAGGACAACAGAGUCCAGCAGUCAGAGUGGAGACCUGCUGGAUCUCAGAGACCAGGACCAGGAGCCCGUUUCAGAAAGCAGCUUUAACAAACUCUGAGAUGGAAAAGUUUUCGGUUCCAGAACAGCUGAUCAGAGUUUGUUCGAUCAAAUGUGAAGAUGAAAACAGCCAUCAUCAAUGGAGCUCCGAUACUACGAUUCACCAUGGCAACAGAGACCAGGACCAGGAGCACUACAAGAGCGAAACGGAGGAGGACCAGCAGAACCCGGACCAGCGGAGCAACAUGGUCCCCAGAAGACCAGCAGCAGGCUCGUCCUCUGAUCCCACCGAUGUUCAGAAACGGAGAGGAAGAAAGGGACUGAUUCAUCAGAGAGUUCAUACUGGAGAGAAACUACACAGCUGUGACCAGUGUGGGAAAACUUUCACUUUGGGGGGUAACCUCAAAGUCCACCAGCGCAUUCACACUGGCGACAAACCCUACAGCUGUGAUGAAUGUGGGGUAGCAUUCACUCAAUCAGGUUACCUAAAAUCACAUCAACGCAUUCACACUGAAGAGAAACCCUACAGCUGUGAUGACUGUGGGGCAGCUUUCACUCAAUCAGGCCCCCUAAAAACACAUCAACGCAUUCACACUGGAGAGAAACCCUACAGCUGUGAUGAAUGUGGGGCAGCGUUCACUACAUCAGGUGCCCUAAAAACACAUCAACGCAUUCACACUGGAGAGAAACCCUACAGCUGUGGUGACUGUGGGGCAGCUUUCACUACAUCAGGUAACCUAAAAACACAUCAACGCAUUCACACCGGAGAGAAACCAUACUGGUGUGACCAAUGUGGGAAAACAUUUUCUCGGGCUAGUACCCUUAAAGACCACCAACGCAUUCACAGUGGAGAGAAACCGUACUGGUGUGACCAGUGUGGUAAAUCUUUUACUGAUGGUAGUUCCCUUAAAACCCACCAACGCAUUCACACAGGAUUGAAACCGUACUGGUGCGACCAAUGUGGUAAAACUUUUUCACGGUCUGGUCAACUUAAAUCCCACCAUCGCAUUCACACUGGAGAGAAACCUUAUAGGUGUGACCAAUGUGGUAAAACUUUUUCUCAGAGUAGUAGCCUUAAAUUCCACCAACGCAUUCACACUGCAUCGUUUUGAACGUUUCUCAGAGCCCAGCUUGGUGUUUCCUCCUGCCUCGUCCCCAUGCCCUGAUAGCUGUGUUAUAUUCUGAGCACGCUGGCUGACCUGCAACGAAUCCUGGUUGAGGAAUGGAACGCCAUCCCACAGCAACGUGUGACCAGGUUGGGGACCAGCAUGAGGAGGAGUUGCCAGGCUGUUGUGGCUGCGUAUGGAUCUUC